AAAGGGAACCGGCGACGCGCCACAUUCAAUUUGUUGUUUCAGAGUCACUGAUAACUUUGCUACCUCUGGGAGAAUAUCUUUGUUUUAAACAACCUUUUUAACAAGUUUUGUUGAACUAUAACCUCUUCAAAUAAAAAUGGACUGCAUUGAUUUUCCAAGAGUUCUUCCAAAUUCACCGAUGAAGGCACGGGGACAAAUACAGGUCAUCUUUGGACCGAUGUUUUCAGGAAAAAGCACUGAACUGAUGCGAAGAGUGCGGCGUUUCCAGAUAGCCCAGUACAACUGCUUAGUGAUCAAAUAUGCCAAAGACACACGUUAUUCUGAAAAAGGCUUGGCCACACAUGACAGAAACACAAUGGCAGCGGUACCAGCCAACUGUCUGGGAGAUGUGAGGUCUCUGGCAUUGCAAGUCUGUGUCAUUGGAAUUGAUGAAGGCCAGUUUUUUCCAGACACAGUGGAGUUUUGCGAGGAGAUGGCUAAUUUAGGAAAGACAGUCAUUGUUGCUGCCUUGGAUGGAACCUUCCAGAGAAAAGCAUUUGGAAACAUCCUGAACCUCGUCCCUCUAGCGGAGAGCGUGGUGAAGCUCAACGCCGUCUGCAUGCAGUGUUACAAAGAAGCUGCCUACACCAAGAGGAUAGGAGCAGAGAAGGAGGUGGAAGUGAUUGGUGGAGCUGACAAGUAUCAGGCGGUGUGUAGAAAGUGUUAUGGAGGUCUGGUGGUGGACAAAGAGAACAGUGAUCCUUUCAGGAAUGAAACUCCACAUCAUGCCCUCACAGGAAAACUUGUGGACUCUGGGAUUCCCAGAAAGCUUUUUUCUUCUCUCCAACUCUGAACACUUGUUGCAGAGAUUAAACAGAGAGCUGAGAAGUUCAUCGAUCAAA